AUGAAAGCUCAAGAUGACAAAAUAAUUCAAACAUUACCAUGGAAUAGUGAAGGUCACACAUCUCAAAGAAGUUCUGUCAGUUCACUAGCACCAGAACACUUCUCUGUAGAGCAGCUCAAUAAACUUGAGAGCAGAUUUACACAUCAAAAGUGGCCAGAUAGAGAAGGGCUUAUUAUCAUUGCUAUGGAAUGUAACUUGCUAGUUGAAGAUGUGGAGGUAUGUCAAGUUCUGCAUCUGUUUAACUCUCUCAUUUUUCUCACUUAAUAGUCCAAAUCAGUCCCAAAUCAAACCAAUUUUCAUAGAAUCAUAGCACUAUUAAUAAAUCUUUGGAUACUUCAGAAGCACGGACACUCAACUAUGCCCCUUUGGAGUUUUUAACAUCAACCUUUGACUGUCCCUGUCUAGCCAGCUUUUCUCAUGGAAUAAAUUCAAGAACCCUCACAGAAAGCCAUUACAUUAUUCAACAAGAUGCAGAUUUAAAAAAUAAUGAUUAAAAAAAUACACGGAUGCAGCUCACUUCAUCGUACCACAGUAUUGUAAAACUACUGUUCAACAAGGUUUGAACAAGACAUACAGCUGUACAAACUUCAAACUUUUAUUGGGAUUAUUGCCUCAAACAUAAAUCCAUGGAAGAGCAUACCAAAAAGAGUGCUCACUAAAAAUAAUAAAAAAUAAUCUCUGAAAACAGUCACGAACAGUCACAAGGAUUCCAUUCAAAGAGUGGCAGAACCACACUACUCAAUAACAAUAAACAUGCACUUAUACAUGUAGCUUCUAACUUUAAAUAAGCUUUUGAAUGAAUUAAUUUUUCCUUUGUCACCAAUAUUUUACAUUUUGUGGGAGAGAAACCAUUUGCUUUAUGAGUCAUUUUAAUAACAUUACAAGCCAUAACUAUUUGGAAAUAUGUCCACCUGCAUGUUAAAGUUUUGGUGAAGACCUCUACUUUAAUACUUUGACAUUUUUAAUCAGUUUACUUCGGGCAUUCUGUCAAUAUCACUUCGUUUAGAUUUAUGCCACUAUACUUACAGGUGAUCAUGUUUUUUCUCCACAUAAUCUUUCUAAUAACUGAUGAUACGUAGUGAUAUUUGGUGACCACACUAAAAAUGGGAAGCUUCACUUGUGCUCCCGAGAGCUCUUAAAUGUGACCAUAACAUAAAACCUUUAUUUUGACAUGACAAAAGUUAAAGCUAAAAAGCUUGUGGGGUCAUGACCAGAAAGCAUCUAGUUUUUCCUUGCAGUAUCAUCGACUGAUCCUUAGAAAGAUCAUACAAAAUAAUAGGGAAUGAUCACCAACCUCUUGAUAUUUUGAAAAUAGUUAUAUUAAUCUGAUGUCAUUCUAGAAAAGUUGAUACACGACUGAAAUUUUCCUCGCUCACAAAAAGAAAAUUAUUAUUGUACAAUGAACUGGAUGAUCAGGGGUAAAGACAGAAAAUUCAUGUUUUCAGUUUACUAUUCAUAGCAAAAAAUCAAUUUUAAAGUACAAGAAAAAAAAAAAAAUAGCAGAAGGACUAUUUACCCUCUAGCUUUAAUUGGUUUCAUGUCAGAUGUUCUAUUGUUUACAUUUGUCAACAGCUUUGGUUUCGCACCAGAAGGGAAAAAUGGUUACAACGAGUGACGGAUGCUAUUACUUUGGCAAAAGAUGCACUAACAGAACACUCUUCAAAUAACUUAAAUUAA